AAACAAAAAGAUGGCAAUGGUAAGUGGAUAACGAGAGAUCACUGAAGGUAAAUAUCAAAUGAUAGUACCAGAUGGGAGACGAUGUGUGGGUAGUGACUAGAUGGCUUGUUGGGGGGAACACUGGCAGACGAUGCUCACUGCUGCUUCUCUGCUCUAUCCUUCAACAAUGUUUGACACAGAGGUGGAACUCAAUGAAAUUUCCUAGGAUAGAAAAGUGGGUAGAUGGUCAAUGCUACUUGGGUAGAUUUGGGAUUAAUAGUGAAUUAUGACAGAUAAUGGAUGGGUGAGUACUGUAAGAUGGAUACUGAAUAGGUAGACGUGAUAGACGAGGAUAAUGUCAUGGGUGGAUGGAUGGAGGUGGAGUGCAGUUCAUAUAAAUAUGGAUGACAAUUGAUGACUGAUUAUAGGUAAUGAGUUGUGGCUGAUUGGAGAGAGGCUAGUAGAAAGCUCAGGACACAUGGAUAGUAAACAGAUAAUAGACUGAUGAUUGAAGUUAGUAAGUGGUACAUGGGUGCAUGAAGUUGUUAUUUGAUGGAAACCUGCAGCAUUGAAUACUUCUGGAGAGAUGAUAAAUGGAUGUAAAUGAGUGUCUGUUGGAUAGGUGUUCCACAGCAUGUUGAUGUCUAGUAAAUUGCACGUGGAUGGUGAACACAUGGGUGCACAGUAGUUGGAUGGGGUGUGGUGAUGAUGUGGUGUUCAUAGUUAAUAGGUAUUGAUUGAUGGAUAAUCAGGAUAGUAGAUGAAUAAAUACAUGGAAAGAAGAUGGAUGGGUGAAUUACAAGGUGGUUGGGUGACUAGUGAGGGAUGGAUGCUGGAUGCAAUGAUAGGAUGAAUAUGUGGGGGAUGUAGAAGAGUAGCUAUGUGAUAGGUAGUAGUGAGUGGAUGUUAGCCGGUGGAUGGUGAUUGAGUGAUGGCUGGAGAAUGGGUGGGUGGUACUUGGAAGGUAACGGUGGAUUGCCCAUAGGAUGUACGUUGGGCGGUUGGUGGUAGGUGACGGCUAAUGCUGAAUGGUUGGGUGUGAGAUGAUUUGGAUAAGUAGAUGUGGACAUUGGUUGCGGGUCUCUGAGAGAACUGGGACGUUUGAGAGUCCACAGUGGAUCCUAGAAGGGGAAUUAUGUGGAUUACGUUUGUUGGGAUGAUGCACUAUGGCCUUGGGUGUCAGAGUUGCUCACCAGACCAACUGUCGGGGCUAUUUAGCACUUCUGAGGAAUGGGACUGGGGAACAAUCCCAAGCUGCUCCACUUUCUCCCCUUCAGGUGCCUGGUUGGAGAAAAUCCCCUCCUUACCUAUCUGGCUCUACAUGACGCUACACCUCGCAUUCUAAUCUUGAGAUUGGGGGAGGAGGUCUGAAGUGGCCAGGACCAGGUUCUGGCGAUAGGGUGGUGUCUAGGGAGGUGGAGGCCAGGUCCUUCCGGUGGCCCUGCAGAGCAGAGGGCGGGAGUGUGAAUGAGGGGCUGGCUGCGAGCGCGUGUGUGGGCGGAGAGCUCGGAGGAGGAUCGAGGGAGGAGAGCUCCCGAGCCAGCGUGGAGGCCCCGCAAGCGCCAGCGGUGAGUGUCGCCCAGCAUCAGCAUCAGCAUGAGCUCUCUGCAGUCAGCUGCAUCAGAGAGUCCUACAGAGGGCGCCAGAGGCCCGGCAGGGAAGGCUGCAGUAGGCAUCCGGGAGAAGGGCCGUCGGCUCUGCCAGCGACUGCCCUCUAUUGUGGUGGAGCCCACGGAAGUGGGUUUUGUGGAAAGUGGGGAGCUGCGCUGGCCACCUGAGGGCACCCAGAGGAGUACCCCUCAGAUCCAGGCUGCUGCUGUUCCUUCCUCGAGUCCACCAGGAGCACCAGGGAAGGCAGCAGAUCACGACGGCAUCGAGGGCGUCAGCUCUGGGCACUAGGCAUUCCCUGGUCCAGUAACAGAUAAGGGCAUGGCAGGCUCUGCUCUCUGACUGCUGAGAGGGCCUUGAUCCCAGGACGACUGGCUGAUCCACAGAAAAGACUGGGCCCACCAGGACACCCAGCUCACCAAGCUUCCUGUCUGGCUAAGUGUGGCCAGGACCUCAGUCCCUGCUUUUGUGUUCCACGGUCCAGAUCUGGAGUAUACCCCUCUUUGUCCAGUGAUUUGAAGCAGAAAUAAAGACACCCUUCCCGGUGGCCAUGGGCACCCUUGGUGGGUACUUGAGGUGCUGAGGACAAU